CCCCCCACCUUCCGUUGCCUUCUCGAACUCAACCCCCGCCCCCGUCGCGGAUCGUCAUGGCCGCCGGCCUCGCCUUCCCCGUCGCCUCCUUUCCACUCGCCUGCGUCUCCUCACCUCCCCACCCCGGGCACCGCAUCUGCUGCGCGAUCCCGUCGUCGUCCUCGCGCCGCACCGUCAAAUCCUCGCCGCUCCGCGCGACUACCGUCCUCUCCAGGGAACGACGGGGCACGGGCCGUGGCGCGUCCGUAGUGUGCGCUGUCCAAGGCCAGGACACGACCAUCCAAGUCCCAGAUGUGACAAAGUCAACAUGGCAAUCACUCGUGAUCGAGAGCGAGCUUCCUGUCCUGGUUGAGUUCUCGGCGGCAUGGUGCGGGCCAUGCAAGAUGAUAGAACCAGUUGUUGGCAAGCUCUCGAAGGACUACGAGGGGAAGCUGAAAUGCUACAAGCUAAACACAGAUGAGAGCCCGGACAUCGCAAGCCAGUACGGGGUCCGGAGCAUCCCCACCACGAUGAUCUUCAAGGAUGGCGAGAAGAAGGAUUCGGUUAUCGGGGCCGUGCCAGAGAGCACACUGGUCACAUGCAUCGAGAAAUUUGUCGAGAGGUAGAAUGCGUAGUGGAUCUCUUGAGCGGUUUCCUUUAAAUCAAAAGGUCAUUUCGAGACCACUUGGGCCAUACAGAACAAUUCUAUAACUGCCUCUAGAUGAUGGGAUUAUAUGUAUAUUAUAUACUCUGUUAUUAUUGUUUGAAGAAAGCGGCAUGAAAUUUGUGUCCACCCCAGCCUUGGUUUUGUUUUCUUAUUCUUUAGAGGCUCUGAACUGUGUAACGUGGACGACCGAGAACCUCGUUCUAUUCUUCUCAUAAUAUAUAAGAAUGCACACAUGAAACAUC